AUGGAGCCGUACUUGGUGAUCCUCGCACCGCAGGAGUACGCGGAACUGAAGAGUGAGACACAGCAGCUGACCAGUCAUGAUAAGCUGCUUGUGGGACUGAUGGAGGAUAAUUAUCAGAUGAAGCAGGAUAAUAAGGUGAUUAAGGAAACGCUGAUUCUCUGGUUCGAGAUCGUUGGAAAAUCGCAAUGCUUCCCGCUGUACUACUAUGAGGCUGCCGAUGGCAGGAAUCACUCCGUCCGAUCUGUAGCUGCAUCCCAGACGUCUUUGUCAGCCGCUGUGGAAGAUAACCCUGUACAGACACCGGAAACCGAGUAUGUCCGCUGGGAUGGUGUUUCAGACUAA